AAAAAUUUACAUACACUUAUCUCUUCUUCCCUUCGUCAAAAUGAAUAGCUUGUGGGAGAGAAUCCGACAGUCUCAGGAAGACGACGACGAAGACGAUAUGAUGUCUAACGCUAUUGUGCUCGCGGCAGUUGCUGCCUCCCAAGCCCAACAACAACAACAGGAACUAGAAGAUGAAAACGACAGAUUCUUCGUUGCCGUUCAUGUCGGCGCUGGAUACCACGCGCCUUCCAACGAGAAGGCCCUCCGGUCCGCCAUGAAACGCGCCUGCCUCGCCGCCGCUUCACUUCUCCGCCAGGGCUCUGGUAGAUGCAUAGAUGCUGUAACUGCAGCUAUCCAAGUGUUGGAGGAUGAUCCGAGCACGAAUGCAGGCCGGGGGUCCAAUCUGACAGAAGAUGGGCGUGUGGAAUGUGAUGCCAGUAUUAUGGACGGGAAUUCUGGAGCUUUUGGAGCUGUUGGAGCAUUGCCCGGUGUCAAAAACCCCAUCAAGGUUGCUGCUUUAUUGGCCAAGGAACAAAUGAUGGGAUCUUCUCUGUUGGGCCGAAUACCUCCCAUUUUCCUAGUUGGUGAAGGUGCCCGCAUAUGGGCGAAGUCCAAGGGUAUUGCUUUAUCAGUAAGCACAUCAGCUGCUGAUGAGUGGCUGGUGACCGAAAGGGCAAAAGCACAUUGGAAAAAGUACAAAGCAAUGGUAGAUGAUGCAAACAAAAAAACAGAAACUUCUUCUGUUGGACUUUCUUUUAGUGCUCAAGAUGGUUCUAGAAUUCCUGAAUUAGAAGCUCAACCAUGUGAUUCUUUGAAUAAAUACGGAGCAGAGGAGGAUUGCAUCAUGGACACAGUCGGAGUUAUUUGUGUAGAUGCUGACGGACAAAUUGCAUCUGGUGCCUCAAGUGGAGGCAUUGCAUUAAAGGUUGGUGGUCGUGUGGGGUUAGCAGCAAUGCAUGGUUCAGGUUGUUGGGCAUCCUCCAAAGGUCUCUUUGGGGCUCCAUGUAUAGUUGGCUGUUGUGCAAGUGGGGCUGGAGAAUAUUUGAUGAAGGGAUUUGCAGCUCGAGAGUGCUGUGUCUCUUUAUCACUUUCACAGGCCGGUCCGGCCUCUGCUUGCAUGAAAGUUUUACACUCUGUCGUUCAAGAGAGUAAUCAGAAUUGUACCGAUAGAAGUGCCGGAUUUCUUGUUGUGCAAGCUGAUGCUCCCAUGGUUUCAGGAAGUUCUCCAAAGUUAAAAGCUAUUGAGAUUGCAGCUGCUUACUCUACCUUAUCCUUUGGGAUAGGAUAUUUUGGAAGCUCUAUGAAACGACCUAAGGCUUCAAUUCUCAGGAGAACAAAAUUGCAAAGCGAAACUGGAGUAGACCAUUUUGAAGCACGAAUUGAUCUUUCAGCUAAAAGGUAGCUACGACUGCAAUCUUGGUGUAACUAUUUGGAUUCUGGCAACCAUGUUUGUUGGUUGUUAGGUCAUCUCUCUCCAGUUGAUGACCAUAUUUUCCUUGUGAUUGCGUUCAUCCUGAUUAUUCAUACGAUUGAGUUCUGAAAGAAGUGGAAGAGGCUCAAGGGAAAUUUAUAUUACCAC